AUAGGCAACCCGCUCUUGCCAAAGGACAGAGACCUCUUGUUGAACCACACACAUCAGACACGUAACGCCAUCAUGCUAUUCUCCACUCGCGAGGAGGUCAAACGCGUCAACGACGACAUGUUCAACAAACUGCGCACUCAGCCCCGAACCUAUGCCUGUCUCGAUCACUUCAAGUGGAACGAGAAGCACGGCAAUCUACAGUCGAAGAAAAACACUGGACCCGACGGACGAUCUCUGAUGGCCUUGCGAGACCAUCGAUACGAUACCCAGAUCCAACUCAAGAAAGGCAUGUUAGUAGUCUUGCUGCAUAAUCUCGACAUAGCAGCAGGACUCGUCAAUGGAUCUCAAGGCACGAUUCAGGGCUUUGAGGACUACGAUCCGACUAAGAUACCCAAGGCUGUGGGCAAAGGAAAAGAUCGCGAGUCAGACCCAACGCACGUGGGACCGUUACUUGCUGGAGAUUUCGCCGCAUUUCGUGAACAGCAGAUCAAAGCUUAUAUCGAGCAAGCCUCGUAUAAGAAAUGGCCGAUUGUUACGUUCUUGAAUGGUGUUACCCGGACAAUAUUUGCGGACUGCACAGUGAACGAGCUAGGCGAUGAGCCGCCAUAUAGUCUGCUCUCACGAACUCAGAUUCCCGUCAUGGCAGCAUGGGCCAUGACUACACACAAGAGCCAGGUAAGCACCUCAUAUACGUUUAUCGAAGCUGCCAUACUAACUACCAUGAAAGGGCAUGACGCUGAACAGAGUAAGAGUCGAUUUGGCAAAGGCUUUCGAAGAAGGCCAGGCGUACGUGGCAUGUAAGUGAUACAUUCAUAUUUCUUCAGUAGGAACGUGCUGAUAUGUCUUCUAGUAAGCAGGGCCCGGUCUCUGAAUGGACUUGAAGUCAUAUCUCUCCCGUCUCCGGAGAAGAUGGGUUCCGGUAAUCCGGAGGUGAAGGAGUUCUUGCGAGAAAAGUUUGGUAUUUGAUGAGAGGCUGUUGU